CCAAAACCCCCUCUCCCUGAUGCAAGUGUUUAGGGGGCAUAUCACCUAAUAAAAGUCUAAAGAGAGAUUGCAGUAGUUGUGGCCUUCUCAGUCUUGGCUUUGAAACUGAAAUCUCGUUUUUUCUUUCUAUUCUACAUUUGCUCUUGAUUGCUCUCUCUCUCUCUCUCUCUGAAAGCCUCAUAUCGGAAGGAGAAUGAGGGAAGAUGGGAUAUUGGGAGGGCGAGAUGGAGAUCAACGCAAGGACGCUCUUCCCAACAACACACGCCAACGUUGGCUGAAGAGGCGGGAGAGAUGGCUGGUCGUUCUAGGAGUCCUACUCCACGCUGUCUACAUGCUCAGCAUCUUCGACAUCUACUUCAAGAGUCCCAUUGUCCACGGCAUGGAUCCCGUCCCUCCACGCUUCCCCGCCCCCGCCAAGCGCCUCUUCCUUCUUGUGGCUGAUGGCUUACGUGCUGACAAAUUCUUUGAGCCGGAUUCCGAAGGGCAAUUCAGGGCACCUUUUCUCAGAAGUGUAAUAACAGGAAAAGGUCGUUGGGGAGUAUCUCAUGCUCGCCCUCCAACAGAAUCAAGGCCGGGUCAUGUUUCUAUAAUUGCUGGCUUCUAUGAAGAUCCUAGUGCUGUUACAAAAGGAUGGAAAGCUAAUCCUGUUGAAUUUGACUCUGUUUUCAACCGGAGUCGGCACACAUUUGCUUUUGGUAGUCCAGAUAUUGUUCCGAUAUUCUGCAGUGCUUUGCCACAUAGCACCUGGAAUACAUAUCCUCAUGAAUUCGAAGACUUUGCAUCUGAUGCAUCCUUUUUGGAUCAGUGGUCCUUUGAUGAAUUUCACAGCCUUCUGAACAAGUCGAAUGAUGACCCUAAAUUGAAGCAGUUGCUUCUACAGGAUAAUCUGGUCUUCUUUCUCCAUCUACUCGGUUGUGAUACCAAUGGUCAUGCACAUAGGCCUUAUUCAUCCAUCUAUCUCAACAAUGUCAAGGUGGUUGAUCAUAUUGCUGAAAAUGUAUAUAAUCUUGUUGAAACAUAUUUCCAGGACAACCGGACAGCCUAUAUUUUCACUGCUGACCAUGGCAUGAGUGACAAAGGAAGUCACGGCGAUGGGCAUCCUUCAAACACCGAUACUCCUCUUGUAGCUUGGGGAGCUGGUGUUCAGACUCCGAAAUUGGUGUCAGGCAAUGGACAUUUUGAUGCUGGUUUUCGUUUUGUUGAUGAGCAUAAGCAUGACAUGCCUACACCUAUUGAGUGGGGCCUCGGAAGCAUAGAAAGAGUGGAUGUUAAUCAAGCUGAUAUAGCUCCUCUUAUGUCAACUCUUCUUGGUUUGCCAUGCCCUGUUAAUUCAGUUGGAAAUUUACCUCUGGGUUACAUUAGUUUGAGUGAGGCUGAAGAAGUUGAAGCUGCAAUAGCAAAUACGAAGCAAGUCCUUAAUCAGUUCCUCCGCAAGUCAAAGCUAAAGCAGUCAAACACCUUAAAGUUUAAGCCUUUCAAACCUCUGGCAAACUAUUCCUCUGUUUUAGAUCGUAUUGAAGAUCUGAUAUCUAGUGGAAACUAUGAAGCUGCUAUGGAGCUGUCCCAAAAUCUAAGAAGUUUGUCCUUGGCAGGUCUUCAUUAUUUCCAAACAUACGACUGGUUGAUGCUCAUGACCACAGUUACUCUAGGAUAUAUUGGUUGGAUGAUUUGUCUUGUUCUCCAUGUAUUGCAAUCUUAUACCUCUCUCGUGGAGAGUAUUUAUAAGAAGAAUCAAGGGAUUCGUCUGUGGAAGAGCAAUAGAAGAGCAUAUUUAUGUGGAAUGCUAUUGAUGGGAAUACUCUGUGUUCUACUGUUUAUUGAGAAUUCUCCUCUUCUUUACCAUGCUUAUGUUGCAAUGACGGUGUUUCUCUGGACUCAAAUAUUUAGUGACAUUCAGUUUCUAAAAGCAGUAUGGAGAUCCUUGUCUGGGAGCAAAGUUAAUUUUAUUGGGAAGCUUCUAGCCUCUUGUGCUGUGUCCAUAUUUACUCUUGAAUUCCUGGUGACUAGCUUUUAUGAAAGGAAGCUCUACACUUGGUGCUUCCUCAUUAUUGGGGUCGUAGCUGCUCUUUAUAUUUUUUACAAUAUUCCAGGGAGACCAAUGAUACCAUUUUUUAUAUGGGUUGCGUGUUGGCUUUUAUCCAUUUUUACGUUAAUGCCAGCAGAAAUUCCUGACAACACUCACUUGGUAAUUGCAAGUGGAGCUAUAGUUAUCCUGAUAGGGAUGGCUGCUAGGUGGCUUGAUUCAAGUACCAGAGGAAGUAAGUAUUGGCUAUGCAUCCUCAAUUAUGAUAAACAAAGGUCCAGGUUUCAGAAACUAUUUCAUUUGCAGGCUCUUCUAGUUGGGCUAUCAUCAGGGAUGGUGUGGUUAUCCACUUCUCACAGAACCCAGAAGCAAGAACUUCUCACGUUGCACCAGUUGAUAAACUGGUCCUUAGCAGGUCUUUCUAUGGUUCUACCACUGUUUUCACCAACCAGCCUCUUGGAUCGCCUCUCCUCUAUAUUUCUUGGUUUCGCUCCACCUUUUCUACUUCUAUCUAUCGGAUAUGAAGCUGUCUUCUAUAGUGCACUUGCUCUUGUCCUUAUGGCAUGGGUUUUGAUUGAAUGUGCAGUUCUCCACUUUUCUGAAGUGAAGAACUCACCUGCUUACAUAAAAAAUGUUGAGGAUCAAGUCAUCCUUAACCAUGAUGAAAGAUACUUGCAGCUGUCGGACAUGAGAGUUCCUUUGAUCUUUAUGGUGUUGUUUAAUGUUGCAUUUUUUGGAACGGGGAAUUUUGCCAGUAUAGCAAGCUUUGAGAUAUCAUCUGUCUAUCGGUUCAUCACAAUCUUCAGUCCAUUUCUGAUGGCAGCGUUACUUAUCUUCAAGUUGUUUAUCCCAUUCAUGCUCGUCAUAUGUACAUUUAGUGCUAUAACCAAGUUAAUUCGAGUUCCACGACUGGGGUGCUAUUUCCUUGUGAUUUUAUUUUCUGAUGUAAUGACCAUCCACUUCUUUUUCCUGGUCCGCAAUACUGGUAGUUGGAUGGAAAUUGGUAACAGUAUCAGCCAUUUUGGAAUCAUGAGUGCCCAAGUUGUGUUUGUGCUGCUGCUCUUUGCCCUUACAAAUAUAUACACGAAAGGUAUCCAAGUCAGAUUGCCGAAGUCCUCCCAGAAAGCGAUAUAGUGAACUGGAGUUUGAAAGUUCCACCAGCAGAUAAGAUGUUUCCAUUUGGACCAUGGAUGGUUUGGAUUUCUUUGUUCCAAACUACAUAUAUGAACAUCCGAGGUUUUUUAUUCCUUUUUAUUUUUUAAUUUUUAAAAAAAUUCUUUUGAUAGAUAUGAACAGUUGAAGUGCAAGUAGAUGGCUGGACAUUGUAGCUCAAUUUUGACUCAAGCUUUCUAGUCCUUGUAAUGAUGUAAUUUCUUGCAGACUUUUUAUUCUCUGUUCCUUACAUCA